AAUGAAUUCUGCUGAAUAAUGAAGUCCGAGAGGGAAUCAUUUUCAACCUGUGAAGUAUACGCUGUUGGAGACUGGGAUAAGCUAAAGCUGCUUAUGUGGAAGAACUGGAUUCUUCAGUGGAGUCAGAAAAUGCAAAUUGUGUUUGCCUUGGUCCUGCCAGUUUUAUUUCUCUGCCUCAUUCUAAUACUUCGCAUAAUAGUUAUGCCCGAAAAGCUGGACGAGAUCCGCUACCCUAUCGUGUCCAUUUCGGACCUGAACCUUUACAUGAGGAAGGUGCCACUUGGAAAUAGGAUACUGCACGAGAAUGGAUCCAUUAAUAUACCCCGAAACUUCCUUUGCUUUACUCCAGAUAACCCCAUCAAUAGUGCCAUCGUGAGUGCCACUGCGAUAAGACUACGACUUCUGGGUACCAGACCCUAUGACACCGCUUUGCACAUGGAACGGGACAUGGUGUUGCACAACUUCUUGGCAGGAGUUCAGUUUGAAGAGAACGUGGUGGAGACCAAUGAUGCAGGAUAUCCACUUAAUCUCAAUUACUCGCUCCGAUUUCCCAGCGAACUGCGGACCAUGCAAGGCCCCAUCAUAGACACGUGGCGUACGUCCCGUUUAUUUCUGUCCUACGACACAAGCGGAUCCCGCAAUAGAUUGGAAAGCGAUGGAGGAGUUCCGGUCGGAUAUGUUAGGGAAGGCUUCCUGCCAAUCCAGCAUGCACUGACCAUGUCCUGGCUGACUCUGGCAUCGGGCAUCAAGGACAACGAUCUUCCACGCAUACACCUGCAGCGCUUUCCCUACAGGGCCUACACCUAUGACCGACUGCUGAGUGGCCUGCGUCAGCUGCUGCCCUUCGUAAUCCUGCUGAGCUUCAUCUACCCCGCCUCGACUGUGACCAAGUACGUGACCAGCGAAAAGGAACUGCAGCUCAAGGAGAUCAUGAAGUUGAUCGGCGUGCACAACUGGCUUCAUUGGGUGGCGUGGUUCGUCAAGAGCUAUGUAAUGCUCAUGCUGGUCGUACUUCUUAUCAUGUUCCUGAUCAUGGUGAAGUUCCACGCUUCGGUAGCAGUACUUUCCUAUUCCAGUUGGGUUCCUGUUCUAUUAUUUUUGCACACCUAUGUGGUCGCGAGCAUAUGUCUGUGCUUUAUGCUAGCCGUUUUGUUUGCAAAGGCCAGCACAGCUUCGGCCGUGGCCGCCAUUGUCUGGUUUCUGACCUAUAUACCGUAUUCAUUUGGCUUCUAUUACUACGAACGCCUUAGCCUCAUGGGUAAGCUGCUCAUUUCGCUGAUAUUUUCGAACUCGGCCUUGGGAUUUGGCAUCCAUGUCAUAGUCAUGUGGGAAGGAACCGGAGAGGGAGUCACUUGGAGGAAUAUGUUUCACCCCGUCUCAGCGGAUGAUGAUCUUACGCUGUUCUAUAUAAUCAUGACCAUGAGUUUGGGUUCACUUAUGUCCCUAUCUAUUUGCCUGUAUGUGGAGCAGGUGUUCCCUGGAGAAUACGGUGUGCCUCGUAGGUGGAACUUCAUGUUCCACAAAAAUUACUGGCGGCAAUUCGUGCCAAGCUUGACUAUAGUUCCCAGUUCUUACAACAUCACGCAUGGAUCGCGAAAAGUGAGGAGCUGUCGAAGUGCAAGAGAGGUGGGAAUUCACUUGUUCAACCUGCAAAAGACCUAUGGCAAACACAAAGCGGUCAAGGGUAUCAGUUUAAAGAUGUAUCGCAACGAAAUCACAGUGUUACUCGGCCACAAUGGAGCUGGUAAAACCACAACGAUCAACAUGAUAACUGGCAUAGUUAAGCCCACGAGUGGAACGGCCCUAGUAAACGGGUAUGAUAUACGAACCCAUUUGGCAAAAGCUCGUGAAUCACUGGGAAUUUGCCCGCAGAAUAAUAUACUCUUUAAGGACAUGAGUGUGCGGAAUCAUAUUAUAUUCUUUAGCAAGCUGAAAGGAAUUCGUGGUGUCACUGCGGUGGAAAAUGAGGUGGGUAAGUAUGUGACCAUGCUGGCACUGCAGGAUAAGUCAUAUGUGGCUGCCAAGAACCUGUCUGGUGGUAUGAAGCGCAAGUUGGCCCUGUGUUGUGCUCUAUGUGGAAAUGCCAAGGUGGUGCUGUGCGAUGAGCCCAGUUCUGGAAUCGAUGCAGCCGGACGCAGGAGCCUUUGGGAUCUCCUGCAAAGCGAAAAGGACGGACGCACCAUACUGUUAACCACUCACUAUAUGGACGAAGCCGAUGUCCUGGGCGAUCGCAUUUCUAUCCUAUCUGAGGGCAAGUUGCAGUGCCAAGGCACUUCCUUUUAUUUGAAGAAGAGAUUUGGCACCGGCUACCUAUUGGUCUGCAUAAUGCAGACUGGCUGUGAUGUAGGAGCCGUAACCCAGUUGAUAAGAAAGUACGUUCCACACAUGACCCCAGAGCGAGUGUUGGGAACUGAACUCACCUAUCGCCUGCCCACCGAGUACUCAAGGAAGUUUGCAGGGCUACUGCAGGACUUGGAUGACAAGUGUGCCCAACUACAGUUGGUGGGCUACGGCCUAAGUGGAGCUACUCUGGAAGAUGUGUUUAUGGCAGUCAACACCGAUAAAAGGGUUCGAGGUGGAGCGGAAGUGCCUCCGGCUGACGGAAGCGCGGGCUUCAAGGACCUGGUUUUUGACAGCAAAACGAGAGAAAACCGACGUGUCUCACGUUGCUUUAUGUUUUGGCAGGCUCUCUUCCUUAAGAAGUUCUAUACCACCACUAGGAACUACUGGCUGCUGGGGAUUCAGCUGGUCCUGCCCAUAGUGGUCAUGGCGCUGACGAUUCUCAACUCGCGAGGUGGCAGGAUUUACUACGAACUGCCUGCUAUGCCUAUAUCCAUCAAUCAGUAUGGUCUCGCCUAUGUUAUAUUAGAGGAUAAUACAACCGAUCGGUCUUCGUCCUUGGCCGAGCUUUAUUCAAAGCACUUGGAGCACUACGGCAGUAGAUGCAAGUUGCUCAACACAGGCGAUCUCAAGUUCGAGGACUACAUACUGAGCUAUGGCCGAAAUUAUAGCCGGCGGAUUGAUUUCCAUUUCCUGGCAGGACUCAGUAUUGCAAAGGAUAGUUUAACUGUGUGGCUCAACAAUAAGCCCCUGCACACGGCUCCUCUGACGCUAAAUUUAUUGCACAACGCGCUGGCUAUUAAAUUGCUCGGCCAGGAUGCCUCUACCUACGUAACUAAUGAGCCUCUGCCAUAUAGCGAUGAUGCCAGGACUUUGCGACUGAAUAAGGGACAGGUGCUGGGCGCUGAAAUAGCCAUAAAUUUAUCCCUAACCAUGUGCUUCGUCACGGCCUUCUAUGCGAUACCCAUCAUCAGAGAACGCGAAACGCGAGCCAAGCUCUUGCAAUUCUUGAGUGGAGUUGAUGUGUGUGCCUACUGGACGAGUCACAUUGUCUGGGAUUACCUGAUAUUUGUUCUCUCGGCCUUUUCCUCCAUACUCACCAUUGCGGCAUUCAAGGAGAUUGGCUACACAACCCCACUAGAUCUCAGUCGGUACUUCUAUAUGCUGCUGGUAUUUGGGUUUCCCGGAAUCAUGCUAAGUUACGCGGCAUCAGGAUGCUUCUCCGACGCAGCCACUGGCUUCACUCGCAUAUCCAUCAUAAACACCUUGCUGGGAACUGGGCUCUUUCUGCUGUUCAUGACCCUGAAUUUCGAGGCCUUUCAGCUGAAGGCGGUGGCCGAACAACUAGCCUGGUACUUUCGAGUGUCCCCACACUACAGCCUGGCCAGCUCCACCCACAACAUCCACAUAGGUUACAACAUUCGACGUGGCUGCAGUAUGGGUGGCAUCAGGAAACUACCAAAAGAUCUGCGCUGCCGGAACGUUCCCAUAUGCUGUGAUAUUCCGGACUACUUCGGCUGGCGGAACCCUGGUGUUCUGCCAGAAAUCACAUAUAUGAUUUUGUUUGGCCUAAUAUUGUUUCUGCUAUUAGUUAUGCACGACGGCAAGGUAUACAAUCUUAUAUGCGAAAAGUUGGGAAAUUGUUUUUCGAAGAGAAAGCGUUUGGACGGAGGGUCUUCUAUUGAAAACGAGGACGUAGUCGCGGAACGGCUAGUGGUGCGAGAGAUGAUAAACUCGGGGAGAAAAGAUAUACCUCUUCUGGUCUAUAACAUCACCAAGCGCUAUAGAAGCAAACUUGCAGUGAAGGGCAUUUCGUUCCACGUGCCCCACGCCGAAUGUUUCGGUCUUCUGGGAAUCAACGGAGCUGGCAAGACUUCCACCUUUAAGAUGCUAGCUGGGGAUGAGAAGAUAACCUCGGGAGAAGCCUACAUAGAUGGCACCAACAUAUCCACGCAUAAGGUGUAUCGGAAAAUCGGCUAUUGUCCGCAGUUUGACGCACUCUUUGAGGAUUUGACCGGCCGCGAGACCUUGAAUAUUUUUUGCCUGUUGCGAGGAGUGCAACGUCGACAUGUGAAGCCCAUAUGCUGGGGACUGGCCAUAUCCUUCGGAUUCGCCAAGCACAUGGAUAAGCAGACGAAGCAUUACAGCGGCGGAAACAAGCGAAAGUUGAGCACCGCCAUAUCGGUUCUGGGAAACCCAUCCGUUCUGUACCUGGAUGAGCCCACCAGUGGCAUGGAUCCCGCCGCAAGACGCCAACUUUGGCGCAUAAUAGGCCUGAUCCGAACUGCCGGAAAGUCUAUUGUCCUGACCUCGCACAGUAUGGAUGAGUGCGAGGCCCUGUGCAGCCGACUGGCUAUAAUGGUUGAUGGCGAAUUCAAGUGCAUCGGAACGGUGCAAAGCCUGAAGAAUCAGUACUCGAAGGGUUUGAUCCUUAAGGUUAAGGUCAAGCACAAAAAGAAAACCUUUCAGAGAGUUGUGGAAGACUCAUCUUCGUCAGCUGAUAAAAAAUCGAUCACAGAAACUGAUUCGAAGUUUCUUCAAGGAGCCUCUGUUUUAGAAAGCUCUCUUACAGAUCGAAUCUUAAACGUUAAUCGAUUUAUAUUAAAAGAGAUUCCCGAUGCCGAACUGAAGGAGGAAUAUAAUGGCCUGAUAACGUACUACAUACCACACUCAAAAAUAUUGGCCACAAUUUUCCAGCUCCUGGAAACUAACUCGCAUAAGCUGAACAUUGAAGACUAUCUAAUUAUGCAAACGCGACUGGAGGAAAUCUUUUUGGAUUUCGCUUCGAAACGAGAUGGUUCGCAAAUCUUCACUAAACGGAAAUGUUGGUGUUGCUAAUUAACUUGUUGCGUUGUUAGUUAUUAAUAGAUUUUGUAAAUGCAAA